UCCACAAGUCUUCCUUCCUAGGAUCAAAGCUUCCAGCGGAUUUGCGGCCUCGGCAUCUAUUAACCAUUCCAUCUGACAACACUCAGCAAAAAUGAAGCACAUCGCAGCUUACAUGCUCCUCCAGCUCGGCGGCAAGACGCCCUCGGCCGCUGAUGUCAAGGGCCUCCUCGACACGGUCGGAAUCGAGGCUGAUGAGGAGCGCCUCAACACGCUCAUCUCGGAGCUCGAGGGCAAGGACAUCGCCCAGCUCAUCACCGAGGGCCAGGAGAAGCUUGCUUCGGUUCCUUCGGGAGGUGCUGGUGGCGCUGCCGCGCCCGCUGCUGCUGCCGCCGGCGGUGCCGCCCCUGCCGCCGAGGAGAAGAAGGAGGAGAAGAAGGAGGAGGAGAAGGAGGAGUCGGACGACGACAUGGGCUUCGGCCUCUUCGACUAAAGGAUCGAAAGCACAUGCUCUCGAUGCCAUCCCUUCCUCUUUCCGAAGACUUCAAACAUGUUCAACAACUGCGCAUGUCAUCUUCUCUCAUCUCUUCUGUUGCGUGAUUCAAUUCAUCGUGAUGGAAGUGAAGUAACGUCUGAUCUUCUCGGACAAUUCUACUGUUACUGAAAUGGGCUUCGUAUCCUUGAUGAAGUCUGCAAUCCGGAUCCCGAGAGGUGCUUCUACGAAAUGGUGAGCCUCAUGAGAUAGCGAAAGCGGA